UGUCAGACCAAAAUAACCCAAACAUGCCCUUUUCCCCUGAGUUAAUAUAUAGGGGGCCCAAACCAACAAUUCCAAAGUUCAUUCAUUCAGAUCCUUCUGAAUUUGCCAGGCUCCGAAUGGCUCUGGAGAACCUGCUCCCUCCUAAUACAACUGAGCUCUUCAAGUAUCAGAUACUUGUCGACCAUCUUAAGCUUGAUGAGGCUAGGCUUAUUGCUGAUGCGUACCUGAACUCACCCCGACCGUAUACUGAGACUAUGGCAGCCCUCCAUGAUAAAUUUGGACAACCUCAUCAGCUUGCUCUAAAGAAAAUUGCAAGUGUCCUAGAUGGUCCAGAAAUAAGACGAGGUGAUACAGGAGCCUUCCAAAGGUUCUCUCUCCAGGUGCAGUCACUCGUUGGGCUGCUACAGACAUUGGGGAUUGAAGGAGAAGUGGAACUGAACUGCGGCUCCCAUGUCGCUCGGCUAAUAAGCAAGCUCCCUCCAGAACAGAGAGCUGACUUUCGUCGACACCAGUUCAAGCAGCCUGGGGGGAUCUACACCCUGUAUGACUUAUCUGAAUGGCUUCGUCAUGAGUCAUGGUGUCAGGGGUUUGAUAGCCAAGUUGGUGGAAAGGGUUUUAGAGAAAGAACCAGUGUGAGAGCUGAUGCCCGUUCCACCAAACAGACUGUAACUGUCCUACAUAAUGCAAAGGGACCCUCAAAACACACUUUCCUGCCACCAAAGGAGAGUCAAGCUGGAGGGCAGGCAAAAGGCAAAGCUUAUUGUGCCUACUGUGAGAGCACAGAACAUUAUUUCAGUCAGUGUAAUGAUGUAACUAAGCUCUCCAAGGAAGAAAUAAAGCACUGGAUCCAAGUCAACAAACGAUGCUGGCGUUGCGCCCGAAAGCAUCUAGCAGCUCAGUGUACACUGAAAAAACCCUGCAGUCUCUGCCAGGGAAAACACCUACUGGCCCUUCACGAGAUAAAUGCACGAACUGAGGGAAGCAAUACUGCCGUGGCUGGAAGGGAAGAAAGUUGCCUUACCAAUUCAGCGUCGGGUUCCCUUUACCUGGAUCGGCAUGGGGCCAGCAAUCGUGUUCUGCUAAAGAUAGUACCCGUGCUUCUGAGGCUUCAGAGAGAACCAUGUUGCUCCCGGCUGCUGCUAAAACCCUUGGUCUGACAGGCAUCCCUGAAGACCUUCCCCUACGUACCGUCCGCCAAGACAUUCAGAUGCUUCACGGCCAUACAGUAUCCUUCAGUGUCGCUGCCGCUACCAAUCCUGGGUCCCUCUACAAGAUCGAUGGAGCAUUCACAGCUGAUCCUCUUAACCUAGCUCACCAUACAUAUCCUGUUGAUCAGCUACAAAGGAAGUAUAAGCACCUGC